UAUUCGGUAGCUGGUGCUACCGGCUCAAAAUAGUUCUGAUAAGAUUGUUUACCCUCGGAUCACGGUGAUUGCAUUUAUAACAAUCAACGCAUCGUCACAACUGCCAACAGUUGCGGAUACGCGUUGCAGCAGUGCAGUCAGUUGACUUCCAGUAGGGUACCAUGGCGGACACCAGGAAGCUGGAAUUUCUCAAAACAAUUCUACCCGGCAGAAUACUGGCCGAAUCGAAGCGGGAGGAUGAAGAACUGGCGCAGGUAGAACUGACCACUCCGGAACAUCUGGAUGGAUUCAUGUCUACUAUUCACCGGUUGGUGAUGGUUACGCGGAAUAAAAGUUCGGGAGAGGAGAAAACUUUAAAUCUGAUGGUGAAGGUCAUGAAGGGAGACGAAUUGUUCCGGGAGAGCUGUCUGAGCCCGGUGCAGUUCCAGAACGAGAUUUUUAUCUACACCAAAGUUGUACCAUGCUUCCAGCAGUUACUGGAGUCUAGCAGAUGUUCCGUGAAAGGCGACAAGUGGUGUCCGCGGGUAGUGUUUGGAGUGGCGGGAAAGGUUCCCGAGUACAGCGAUUGCUCCGAGACCAUUUUGGUGAUGGAGAACAUUGCCUUGGAGGGGUUCAAGGCUGGGCCAAGGAACGAUUUGGACGAAGAGCACUUGGUGUUGAUGGCAAGGAAUAUUGCCCAGUUCCAUGCUUGUACGUAUGCGAUGAAAAUCACAAAAGAUCCGCGUUUGGAGGAACUAGUUAAGGGAAUAAUUCCAUUCGAUUUUGUCAGCGAUGGAAAAGUUUUGAAUAGCUACGCAUUGUUUUUCAAAAUGGGGUUGGAUCGACUGUUCGAGUACCUUGAUAAAAAUCCAAAGCUGCUUGAUAGUGAACGUUUCAAAAAUGAUAUCAGUACACUCAGAAGCAGAUAUGGCGAAGCGCCAAUUCAUUUGAUGCAAAAGUUGUUACAUCAGGACGGGUUUUCUGUGAUACUGCAUGGCGACUACAAUCGAAACAAUGUUCUGUUCAAGUAUGAAAACGACAAGCCGGUGGAUAUUCGAAUGUUUGACUUCCAGGAAAAUCGCUACGGAACUCCAGCAAUCGACCUCAUAUUUUUCAUGUGCAUGAGCAUGCCAACCGGUUUGAGGGAACGGUUCUGGUACCCACUGCUGGAACAAUACCACGACAGUCUUAUGUCAACCCUCCAAGACAUUCUAAAGUGCGACGUCAAUGACCCCAGACUGAAGCCGUACAGUUACGAUAACUUCAAGAAGCAUCUGCAGCGUUACGGGAUGUACGGAGGUAUGAUUGCGGUUCACUUCCUGCCUUGGAUGAUCUGCCCGGAAGAGGAGUGUGCCCAGCUGGCGUUCCACUUCGCCAACGAUAUGUACUCGCCGGAGAUGAAACACUGGCUUAACAUAGCGGGAGGGGACGCGGUAGAUAUACGGCUGACGGAGGUGUUCAGACAUCUGAGUGUACAGGGAUAUUUGGAUAUCGUUCAUGAGGAUUGAGUUUCCAAAGAUUUAGUUUUACAAGAGAUUUGAAAAUUUAGAUCAGCUUUUGCUGUAUGGUUUACUUUAAGGCUUAAAAUAGUUAUUGUACAGGGAUUAUGGAAAUCAGGAAAUAGCAUUGCACCAAAAGGUAGGCCUUAUAUUUUUCGAAAUGAAUCGAUCAAAUAAAGUAUUAGGAGAAAUAUACCCAUUUUAAGCCUAAUAA